CUUCCCAGCUCUUCUCUCUCUACAAGUUACAAACAGAGCAGACAGAGAUGUACCCAAUCCUGAUCCCAUAAUCGUCUCUCACCUUGAACCCAGAACAGAACUCCCAAUUCAAUUCCAACUCCAAUUCACAAGGCCUACUAGUAUUAUAAUACUAUUCCCCUACCUCUUCGCUUUCUUCACUCCAUCAAUUUCCUCUUCUGCAAUCUUCUUUGCUUACACCCCACGCCACCUCUCUCUUGAUAAUAUUCUUUGCUUCCCAACUUCUAACUCUCCCUCUCUGACCUUCCUCACAUUCAGGUAUAUAUGUUUAUUUUUGUGUAUUUGUAUGCAUACGCGUAUGUCAAUUGGCGAUAACGAUAAUGGUGUCCAACAGCACUACUUCACAGCGCCUUAUGCGUCCUGCAGCCGGGAAGAGACCUGUUGGAGGAGAGGUUGAUCGAGUGGACCCCACCAAAAAGCAAAAGAUCGAUUUUUUAUCGUCGGAGGCCACCGGCGGAGGGGCAACGACGGGGACGAUGGGAGGGACGGCUAACGGCAGCGGUUACGGUUGUGGUAAUGGGAAGGCGCCGAUGACGGCGGCGGCAGCGGGCGGGGGGAAUUCGCAGGAUAUCGACGAGGACUUGCACAGCCGACAGCUGGCGGUGUACGGCCGCGAGACAAUGCGGCGGCUGUUUGCGUCGAGCGUGCUUGUUUCGGGGAUGAAUGGCCUCGGUGCCGAAAUCGCGAAGAACCUUGUUCUUGCUGGAGUUAAGUCUGUGACCUUGCAUGACGAGGGAAAUGUGGAGUUAUGGGACUUGUCGAGCAAUUUUAUUUUCUCUGAGGAUGAUGUGGGGAAGAAUCGGGCACUUGCUUCUGUCCAAAAGCUGCAAGAACUGAAUAACUCUGUGGUGAUUUCAACUUUAACAGCUGAAUUGACCAAGGAACAACUUUCUGAUUUUCAGGUUGUAGUAUUUACUGAUAUCAGCUUGGAGAAGGCAAUUGAAUUUGAUGAUUACUGCCAUAGUCAUCAGCCUCCAAUCGCUUUGAUCAAAUCUGAAGUACGAGGUCUUUUUGGCAGUGUGUUUUGCGACUUUGGCCCUGAGUUUACAAUUUUUGAUGUUGACGGUGAGGAUCCACACACAGGCAUUAUAGCAUCAAUUAGCAAUGACAAUCCUGCUCUUGUCGCAUGUGUUGAUGAGAGGCUUGAGUUUCAGGAUGGAGACCUGGUUGUGUUCUCUGAAGUUCAUGGAAUGGCAGAAUUGAAUGAUGGACGACAAAGAGAAGUUAAAAAUGCAAGGCCAUACUCAUUCAUGAUUGAGGAAGAUACAACGAACUACAACACAUAUGAAAAAGGUGGUAUUGUGACUCAGGUGAAGCAACCUAAUGUAUUGAACUUCAAGCCGUUACGAGAAGCACUAAAAGAACCUGGCGAUUUUCUUUUGAGUGACUUCUCCAAGUUUGAUCGUCCGCCUCUUCUCCACUUGGCAUUCCAAGCAUUGGACAAGUUUAUAUUGGAGUUGGGACGCUUCCCUGUUGCUGGAUCAGAGGAGGAUGCACAGAAACUGAUAUCUUUGGUCUCUGACAUCAACAACGGCUUAGAAGCUGGAAGAAUUGAAGAGAUUGACCAAAAAUUUAUUCAGAGCUUUGCGUUUGGUGCUAGGGCAGUGCUAAAUCCCAUGGCAGCCAUGUUUGGUGGCAUUGUUGGACAGGAAGUUGUGAAAGCUUGCUCUGGCAAGUUCCAUCCACUUUUUCAGUUUUUCUAUUUUGACUCUGUUGAGUCCCUUCCAUCCGAACCCCUGGAUCCCAGCGACUUGAAGCCCUUGAACUGUCGUUAUGAUGCACAAAUCUCGGUUUUUGGAGCCAAGCUUCAGAAAAAGCUAGAGGAUGCUAAAGUUUUUAUUGUGGGAUCCGGUGCACUAGGGUGCGAGUUUUUGAAGAAUGUAGCUCUCAUGGGCGUUUGUUGUGGUAAUCAAGGUAAGCUAACAAUUACGGAUGAUGAUGUCAUUGAGAAGAGCAACCUUAGCAGGCAGUUUCUUUUCCGCAAUUGGAACAUUGGUCAAGCCAAAUCGACAGUUGCUGCUUCAGCUGCCUCUUUGAUAAAUCCUAAUCUCCACAUUGAAGCUCUACAAAACCGUGCUUCCCCCGAGACGGAAAAUGUGUUUGAUGAUACUUUUUGGGAGAAUCUGAGUGUUGUCAUUAAUGCACUGGAUAAUGUGAAUGCCAGGCUCUACAUUGAUCAAAGGUGCUUAUAUUUCCAGAAACCGCUUCUGGAAUCGGGAACUUUAGGUGCCAAGUGCAACACUCAGACGGUCAUUCCUCACUUGACUGAGAACUAUGGUGCCUCAAGGGACCCACCUGAGAAACAAGCGCCCAUGUGUACAGUGCACUCAUUCCCACAUAAUAUCGACCACUGCUUGACUUGGGCUCGAUCAGAAUUCGAGGGUUUGCUAGAGAAGACACCAGCUGAAGUAAAUGCUUAUUUGACCAGUCCAAGUGAGUAUACAUCUGCAAUGAAGAAUGCUGGUGACGCACAGGCUAGGGAUAAUUUGGAACGUGUUCUUGAAUGCCUUGACAAGGAGAGAUGUGAGACGUUCCAAGACUGCGUAACCUGGGCCCGAUUAAGGUUUGAAGACUACUUUGCUAACCGCGUGAAGCAAUUGACAUUCACUUUCCCCGAGGAUGCUGUUACCAGUAAUGGCACACCAUUCUGGUCUGCUCCCAAGCGCUUUCCCCUGCCAUUGCAGUUCUCUGCUGAUGAUCCCGCCCACCUUCAGUUUGUUAUGGCUGGAUCGAUAUUACGAGCAGAGACCUUUGGCGUCCUAAUUCCUGACUGGGUUAAGUCUCCUAAGAAGUUAGCUGAUGCUGUGAACAAUGUAGAAGUCCCUGAUUUCCAGGCGAAGAGAGAUGUGAAGAUAGCGACAGAUGAGAAAGCUACUAGUCUUUCGACGGCAUCCAAUGAUGAUGAUGCCGUGAUCAGUGAGUUGGUAAUGAAAUUAGAAAUAUGCCAGAAGCGACUGCCGCCAGGUUUCAAGAUGAACCCGAUUCAGUUUGAGAAGGACGAUGACACCAACUAUCAUAUGGAUCUAAUUGCUGGACUUGCCAACAUGAGGGCAGGGAAUUAUAGCAUUCCAGAAGUAGACAAGCUCAAGGCCAAGUUCAUCGCAGGGAGGAUCAUACCUGCAAUUGCAACAUCAACUGCCAUGGCCACAGGUCUUGUUUGCCUGGAACUGUACAAAGUCCUAAGUGGUGAUCACAAAAUAGAGGACUACAGGAACACCUUUGCAAAUUUAGCACUCCCUCUUUUUUCCAUAGCGGAGCCAGUUCCUCCCAAGGCGCUCAAGCACCAAGACAUGAACUGGACUGUGUGGGACAGGUGGAUUGUGAGAGAUAAUCCAACUUUGAAAGAGCUUCUCCUAUGGCUGAAAAGCAAGGGACUGAGUGCUUCCAUCAUCUCCUACGGCAGUUGCUUGCUCUACAAUAGCAUGCUCCCAAGUCACAAAGACCGGUUGGGCCGGAAGAUGGUGGAUUUAGUUAGGGAAGUGGCGAAAGCAGAAUUGCCUCCGUACAGGCGGCAUUUUGAUAUUGUGGUGUCUUGUGAGGAUGACGAAGACAAUGACGUUGAUAUUCCUCAAAUUUCUGUAUAUUUCAGGAAGUGGAUACGUGAUAACCUGUACUAAGUACUCCCUACACGCCCCCAAUGGCUGUCUCUCUCUUCCCUUUGGCACCUUCCAGCUCGGAUUUUUUAGUUAGCUUGAUGUU